AUGUUCAACAAAUCGUUUGGAACUCCGUUUGGAGGCAGCACUGGAUUUGGGACGACUUCAACAUUUGGCCAAAGUGCUGGCUUUGGCACGACGAGUGGAGGAGCGUUCGGCACGUCAGCCUUCGGCUCAAACAAUAACACUGGGAGCCUCUUCGGGACCACCCAGACAAAACCAGGAGGAUUAUUUGGUUCCACAACAUUCAACCAACCAGCCACCUCCUCCACAAGCACCAGCUUUGGGUUCGGAACCUCGACCGGGACGUCCAACAGCCUCUUUGGCACCACCAGCACUGGCGGAGGCCUCUUCUCCCAGAACAAUGCCUUCGCUCAGAACAAACCCGCCGGCUUCGGGAACUUUGGAACCAGUACGAGCAGCGGAGGGCUCUUCGGAACCACCAACACCACUUCCAACCCUUUUGGGAGUACCUCUGGCUCCCUUUUUGGCCCGACCAGUUUUACCACUGCUCCAACUGGCACGACUAUUAAAUUUAACCCACCCACCGGCACCGAUACCAUGGUGAAAUCCGGCGUCAGCACCAACAUCAACACCAAGCACCAGUGCAUCACUGCCAUGAAGGAGUAUGAGAGCAAAUCCCUCGAGGAGCUCCGUUUGGAAGAUUACCAGGCAAACCGGAAGGGGCCCUCGAACCCCGUCGGAGCAGGGGCAACUGCCAGCCUGUUCGGCGCUUCCACGGCUACGUCCAGCACGGCCACGGGACUCUUUGGCUCUACUACCAACACCAGCUUUUCCUACGGGCCGAAUAAAACUGCUUUUGGAACCAGUACCACCGGCUUUGGAACAGGAACCACAGGGGGGCUUUUUGGUCAACCCUCUCAAACAACAAGUCUGUUUAACAAACCCUUUGGCCAACCCACCACCACACAGAACACCGGCUUUUCUUUUGGGAACACCCCUCUGGGGCAGCCCAACACCAACACGAUGGGUCUCUUUGGGGUUACCCAACCCUCCCAGACUGGAGGCCUGUUUGGAACGACUGCCAAUACGAAUGCUGGUACUGGAUUUGGAACUGGAACUGGGCUUUUUGGACAACCCAACACAGGAUUUGGUGUUGGCAGUUCGACCCUGUUUGGGAACAAACCUGCUGGAUUUGGAACCGCCACGACCAGCGCUCCCUCCUUUGGUACAACCACCAGCAGCGGGCUCUUUGGUUUUGGUGCCAACACCGCUGGGAAUAGUUUGUUUGGAAAUAAGCCAGCAACUGGGACUCUGGGAACUGGACUGGGGACAGGCUUUGGAACAGCUCUCGGGGUAGGACAGACGUCUUUGUUUGGAAACACCCAGCCCAAGCUUGGUGGAACGCUCGGAACAGGAGCCUUUGGAGCUCCGGGGUUCAACACUUCAACAGCUACUCUGGGCUUUGGAGCCCCUCAGCCUGCUGUGGCCCUGACAGACCCAAAUGCUUCCGCUGCCCAACAAGCCAUCCUUCAGCAGCAGCUCAACAGCUUGACUUACUCACCCUUUGGAGAUUCUCCACUCUUCAGAAAUCCCAUGUCAGACCCAAAGAAGAAGGAAGAGUGCCCGUUCCCCGCCAACGCUCCGUCUCGUUGCAGCGGCUGUUUUCCCGCGGCUCAGAAGGCCCUGACAACCCCCACCCACUACAAGCUGACCCCGCGCCCGGCCACGCGCGUGCGCCCCAAGGCUCUGCAGUCGGCCGGCUCGGCCAAGUCCCAGCUCUUCGACGGGCUGGACGACGACGAGCCCUCCCUCUGCAACGGCGCCUUCAUGCCCAAGAAGAGCAUCAAAAAGCUGGUGUUGAAGAACCUCAACAGCAGCAACCUGUUCUCACCUGUCAAUCGUGAGAGUGAAGACCUGGCAUCUCCCUCGGAGUACCCGCAGAAUGGAGACAGGUUCUUUCUGUCGGUCCCUCCCGAUGAAAACCACAGGCAAGACAGCGAGCGAGAGGAGGAGGAGGAUCACCACGAGGUGACGCGGUUCUACACCAACCCCAUCGCCAAGCCCAUCCCACAGACCCCGGAGAACACUGCCCACAGGCAGCAGAACAACCUGGAGGACACCAUCGUGGCUCUCAACAUGCGGGCAGCCCUGCGGAACGGGCUGGAAGGCAGCAGCGAAGACGCCUCCUUCCAUGAUGAUUCCCUCCAGGAUGAGCGGGAAGAGGAGCCUGAAGCCACCGUGCAUCAUCUGCACCCUGCAG